AUGUCACUUAAGUCGCCCUACCACGAUUGGAUCAAGUCGCUCGUUGAUGCCGGAUACGGAAACCUGCGAGUGCUCGAGGAAAGCCUGAUGCAAAACUCCAAACAUGUAGACGCGACUUGCACGGUACUCACCUUGACCAAGGACGGAGCUUUGGAGGCUCGUCGAGCCGCUACUGAUGAGGAUUUCAUUCUACCAUCGGAGUGCAAGUCCAACCGCGCUUUCGUUAUCGAAGGUCUCUCGCGUGACAUGGUUGAGAAGGUUGGGUCUGCAUUUGAAAUCGAGCCCGAAUUCUUCGGGAGCCAUCUUCGCGCCACCACAUGGAAUUAUUAUGAUGGCAGAUCAAAUGCAAUUCCAUUGCCCUCAAUCCGGAAACAGUCGAACUUCUGGACUUUGGAAUACUGGGAGUGUGUCCAGUUAACUGGAAGACACCACCUGGGUGUUAUUCUGGUCGACAGUCCUCUUCCCAAGCUCAUCAGAUUUGCGUACGAUAACUUUGAGGACUCUCAGGAAUGUCCCUGGGUUCCGUAUCAAGGCGGCCCACUGGACUUCGCCAAUCUCGAAACAAGGAAAGACUUCCUCCAAAGGCAUCCGAAAUCUGUGAAAGAAUCAUUGAUCAGCCGAUUGAACUUCCCGAAACGUGCUUUGCCUGCGCCUAUUGGUGCUUCCACCACGGCAGCCAUCUUGCAGCAGAUUGUCCUCUCAAACUGGGCGCUCACCUUGCGUUUCUUAAGGCGCGAUUUCGACUCUGUCAAUCUGAGCGACUUGGCAAAUGAUAGCGUAGAUACGUCUCAGACGGAAUCUACUCUUCAAAACCUCGGCUCGUGCCGUAAUCUCCUGGAAAGAUGUUCUGUCAUUACACGGCGAAAUCUUGCCCACCUCAAGAUUGCCCCCAAGGAAAAUAUUUCCAGGAGUAUCCAGGAUGCAAACACGACUUGUGACCUACUGCACCUAGAUUGGCUGUUCACUUCCGACGAAAUUCAACACUGUAUCAAUGAGACUGAUCAAUUCAUCAAUAUCCGUCUUGCUAGUUUUUCUGUGCUCGACAGUAAACGGACUGCUAUGCUGUCCUACUCAUCAAAUCAGAUUAGCAAGCUAGGCCAGCUACUUAUCCUUUUCUUCACACCGGCCGCAUUCGCUUACGGUGUGCUCAGCAUGGGCGGAGACUUCUUACCUGGGAACAAGAAAUUCUGGAUUUUCUGGGCCGUGGCUAUCCCCCUCUCGACGAUAACCAACAUGAUAUUUUACUUGUGGAGAAAUCAUACUUAUCGCUCUCACGGAAUGGGGGUUUCGUAG